GUGACACGCUUGUCGUACUCUUCACUGGAUGGAGCGUCUCUUGAGUCUCAAAUGAGGGAAGAUGCCGCGACCUAAUUCUUCAUAACAACCGGUGUUAACAUGUAAAUGGCGAGAUAAGAAAACGACCUUACAAAAGGGUGAUAUAAACCAGUAGGUGAUGUGGUCCACUCUGACAGACAAAAUGAAGAGGAGGCUCCUUCGUGGUUUCCUGUCAGAAAUCUUCGUCCGCUUGACGCUCUUUGUGAUUUUCCUGGUGACGGAGCACCUUCCACCUUUCUACCGCGAGAUCCAGCCAGAGGAGAUGUGGUUGUAUAAAUUUCACCGGGUGGAGCAAGAUCACAUUCCUACGUCACUCAUGUUUUGUGUCGCUGUUUUCACACCCCUGAUUGUCAUCAUUGUCUUUACCGUCCUGACGAAGUCAGAGCGAAGCGAUGCCAAGGAAGCGUCACUGGCCAUGACUUUGACUCUGGUGCUGAAUGGCGUUUUUACCAACAUCAUCAAACUUGCUGUCGGCAGGCCCAGGCCAGACUUCUUCUACCGCUGUUUCCCAGAUGGCCAGUUGAACCUGGAGCUACGCUGCAGUGGUGAUCCAGAUGUGGUCAUGGAGGGGAGAAAGAGUUUUCCCAGCGGACAUUCUUCAUUUGCUUUUGCCGGGCUGGGCUUCACCUCCCUUUACAUUGGCGGGAAGCUGCGAUGCUUCAACGCAGCCGGCCAAGGCAGAGCGUGGCGCCUCUGCGUUUUCCUCAUACCUUUAAUCGUAGCGCUGACCAUUGCCCUCUCCAGAACCUGCGACUACAAACACCACUGGCAAGACGUGUUGGUGGGGUCUCUACUAGGCCUGACUUUCGCCUGGCUAUGCUACAGGCAGCAUUACCCGGCGCUUCAGGACGCCGACUGUCACCGCCCUUUGACUCAUCGACAGGGUGUCCCCGCAGCACAGGAACGCAGGCUAGCCAACUCCAACUACAUCCUGCCCAUGUAAAACAGCCGCUUGCGCUGGAUCCUUUGCACUGUUGUUGCAUAUCAUGACUCUAGGGGCUGGGAACUUUUUAUUAUAGAAACUGUAUUACAGUGGUGUAAAAAGGUGUUUGCCUCCUUCCGGAUUUCUUAUUUUUUUGCACACUUAAAUGUUCCCAUCAUCAAACAAAUUUAAUUAUUAGUCAUAGACAACACAUGUAAACACAAAAUGCAGUUUUAAAAUCUUUUUUAUUAUUAAGGGAGAAAGAAAUCCAAACCUACAUGGCUCUAUGUGGAAAAAAAGAUUGCCCCAAAACCUAAUAACUGGUUGCGCCACUCUUAGCAGCAACAACUGCAAUCAAGAGUUUGCAAUAACUUACUUGUGUUGUCUUUGACUAAUAUUUAAAUUUGUUUGAUGAUGGGAAACAUUUGUGUGACGUGGAAAAAAAUAAGAAAUCAGAAAGAGGACAAACACUUUUUCACAGCAGUGUAUAGGUAAGGCCGGUACAUUGGGUAUUUUCUCUACGAUAAUGACACUUCGAGUUGGACAGAAAAUCUGCAUGAAAAGACCUGUAGACGUGAUUUGCCUUUGGUUGCCCAGCACUGUAACAGAAGACAUUUAUCUGCAUUUUAUACACCCAUUGUUCAUGAUUGACCGAUUGUGUCAAACUUCUCACCUGGCACUUUCCUGCCCGUUGUGGCUCUGACACUACCGCCGAAGGUGGAAAAUUGCUCACAUUCCAUUGAUGCUGUUUACACAGAUCAGUGACAUGGAAAAAAGGUGGAAAAAUGCCAGUAGCACACACACAACCUUUUUGUGACAGCCCAUUGACGUGGUGACCCCACAAGUCAAGAGGUCGUGCUAUUAUAAAGUUGACAAAAAUAUGUCGUAUGAAGUAAACAAGCCAGUACUACAGUUAGGGUUGGGCAUCAUCUGAAUUUGAGUGAUUCCGGUUCCUCAUUUCGAUUCCAGUUCUAAAUGAUUCUUGAUUCCAAUUGUUUUAGGGGGCUGGGUCAAAAAAGUUUGCAUGGUUUAAAUAAGGGAUGUCCAAAUUAUGAACAUCCAUUUUCUUAGCAGUCCGCAGCAUAGACAAAAAUGAACAUUUGACUCGGGGGUUCUUUAUAACCUUUAUCAAUAUAAAACCUAUGAGUAAAAGGCAAUGUGUGGGUAACUGACCCAAUUGACUUAAUAUUCAUUGUUUCAGCUAUAAGUUAAAUAUAGCGUUGUUAAAGUAGUUAUUUGCGACUGUUUUAUCAUGUCAAAUGGUUUACAUGUGCAAGUUUUAACUUGACUUCCUGUUUUUAAGGACGAAGCCUUUUAUUUUAAGGUUAGUGUUUGUGAUACUGUGAGACAAUGUUUAUGUGAAUUUUGUCCCAGUUUACUGUGAUGUAAAGUCGCUAGUUUGAAUUUUAAACUAGUAAUGCGACUUUUACUUUAUUUCCAGUAUGGUAAAAUAAUUUAUUUUUGUGUCAUCAGCGCUUAUGUUGGUUUGAAGACUAAAAUAAACGCUAAAAACCAUCAGCGCAAGAGUGCAACCCACCGUUUAAAUUGUUAGUUACUUCAAUGUGUCAUGGCCCUGUGUUUCAAAUUGUUUUUCUUUGUGUUGCAGUGUCUGGGUGAGCGAAGGUGGGCGUUGACAUCGGUGACGCACCUGUCAUGCAUUGUAAUCAUCAGCCUUUUUAGGGGGCACCGUGACAGUGUGUGGGCGUCGGAAUAUUCACUCGUUUUUGCCCCGUGUUUGCCGCCGUUCUGACCGCUGUCCAAAUUUAGGUUCUCUACGAUUAUACCACCCGGACCUUUUGUCGUGUCUCCCUGCGUUAUCUGUUUUUUGAUUCUCUCGGGUUGUGAGUCCCUUUAGCUUCGUAUGUCUCGCCAUCACAUGCGCUGCCAUUGAAUUAAAAUUAUUCGGACCUCUUACCUAGAGUCUCUUUUUUGGGAUCAGCCCUUACGGCAUUGCCGUCCGUGACACAAUGUUGGCAUAGAUGUAUUAGUUCCGCGCGGUGUAGGCUGAGGCUCUGAGUGGGAGGGAGCACGUCAGUUUAUUCCAAGUGUUGCACUGAGGCAACUGGUCAUUUAUUUUAACAAAGUAAUAAACACUUUUGUUCGCCACCGCCGUUGGGCACAAGCACGUCUUUGUGCGCGUUCUUCGUUGGUUUUCACCACUUUCUUCUUCGGGGGUCGGCGGACUGUAGGCAUCGAAACUGGAAUCUGAAUUUUUUUUAAUUUGAACCAUUCCCGAUGCCCAACCCUAGUUAAGAAGAAGGUCAAUUACAAUUAACAUGUUUAAUCUUAAAUUGUAAUGUUUUUACACUUCUGCGCAGGCGUUCAUAACAUGGUCUGUGGAUGAAAUUUAUGCUGUUGCUUGUGGCCCAUCCAGAAUAGGUCACGCUACAUUAAGGAUAUCUGCAAUGUUAAUUUUACCCCUCAGAAGGCACAAAAGGGAGGUUGGGUAUGUUGGCAUGGGGGGAAACGCAGCACUCUCUUUAAAAUAUCAGCUGCUUUCAGUCAUUAUUAGUCGUUAGGUUUGGUUGGUUGUUUUUACCUCCGAGGGAAAUAGUGACCCAAUAGAGAUGAGCAGGCAUAAUCAACACAGCAGAUACCACUUGUAAAAUACUGACAUCAAUCUGUUUUUUUCCAUCCAUUUAUUUUAUUUUUUUCUCACCCGUCUAAAUCUUAUGGUCUCACUGUAACUUACUUUUAAUGGAACCACGACAGAAUUCCAUCUGGCCUUUCAUGCCAUUCUAAAACCAAAUGAAGGAACUGGGUCACUAUUGCUAUAAACUGCCUUUGUUGUCCUCAGAAUCAGAAUCAUCAUGAAAAUGUAGCAAAGUAAUGAAACUCAGAGGUCUUACACCAGAAGUAUAACUCUUGAAGUGUUUCCUUCAUUUUUGUAUUUAAUUUUAUUAUUUUUUUUUUAAUUGGAUGUACAUGAUUUUGGCAUGUCAUACAGUCUCCUCUGCUAACUACAGUGGGUGUAAUAAGCAGUUAAAUGAUACUAAAUUCCCCCCACCCGAAUGGAUAUGGUUUUCUUGUCCACACUAAAUUAUUUGAUCAAAUUAGUCAUUUUGAUCAUAUAUGUUGUUUUCAUGAUCAUUGUGAGCAUUUUGCAUGUGUCCCUGAAAUUGCUGUCCCACCCUGUCAUUAUGAUGGAGUAUCUGCCCCUUUAAGCAAACCUAUGACAUUUUCUUUGUUCAGUGGAGGAUGAAACGGUGGCUAGUUGCAGAGUUAAUAUUUACAAUAUGAAGUUCAAUGAGAAAUUUCAACUUUCUUUGGUAAAGUGGGGAAGUCUCAAAGGCACCUUAUGCUCAUAUUAACUCAACUCUGAUAAAAAAAAGUACCCAAAUAUUUAACCCACAAAUGCUCAUAAUAUAUAAAUUAAACAUGUUAAACAAUUACAUAUUUUUCCCAAAAUUUUGUAUGGGUGUAUGACUUCACAAAAAGGUACCUGAAAGGAAAGAAGUUGUCCAUCUUUGAUUUAAAUGACCUUUAUAACCUUAGUUGUUUGUGUUUGGCAGUGUUUUGUUUGCACAUCUGUCCAAUCCAUCUGUUAGCAGAGAAAUAAAUAUCCACAGGGCUGUUUUUUGUUUUGUUUUGUUUAGGAAUUUUUUAUUUUUUAGGGGGGGGGCGGGGACAGACGUUACAAAUGCAUCUCAUUGGCUGUCAACAACUAGACGGUGCAGCUGGGACUGUUGUCACAAUUUUAACACAAGGAGAGGACAUCAAUGUAACAGCUGAAAAGGGUUUAAAUCCUGUUCAUAUUUGUUGGCACUUAAGGAGUGAGGGUACAGUUUUUUUUGUGGGUUCUAUGAUAAGUUGGUGGUGAGAACAAAAGAAUCAGGCAAACCUCUGUGUUUUUGUGUGAGGUCAGCCAAAGUUUUCCAGGGUAUAAGCACUUUUGCUGGUCACUAAUACCAGCUCAAAUGUGUUGAUCACAGAGGCUUUCAGACCAAACUUGGCAGUGAUUUUGUGCCUUUUUUUAUUUCCAACAUUAUCCUACUUGUGAAAUGUUCACUGCUUUUCAUUCCAUUUUUGUUCUGUAAUUUUCAUUUUCUCCGGUUUUUACAUUAAUCAUUCCAAGAUGAAGAUGAUUCAUCAUACUUAAUAUUGGCAUGAUGCUUUUUUUUUAAAAAUUGGAAUGCAUACAGAAUCCUAAAAGUUAUUACUCGUGUGUGUAAAUUCUAGAAUUCCACUCUAGCAGGAUUUUUAUGGUGUACUCUAUGAUCAGCUGCACUUAAUUUGGGGCAUGUAGUAGUUUGACUUGAAUUUUCAAUGUUUGUUUGCCCUCUUUUGACUAGUUUAACAAUUGCAGUAGGCAUUUAAAUCCUGCACGUUUCUCGAUGUAUUAAGAAAAAUGUCUCCACAUCCCUUUUGAUUUUUUUUUUCAGCAGGAUAUAAAAUUAAAAUAAAAAAAAAUGUAAAUCUUUUUUAAAUUUAUUUAUUCCCCCCCAGCCCCCUGAAAGUUUCAGUGUUGACUAGCUAUCCUGAUACUGUUUUGUGAAGUACAAAUUCUUGAGCAUUAUUAUUAUUUUUAUUAUUGUCAGGCACAUCUUUAUUUUGCCUUGUAAUGACCCUGGAACGUUGUUAAAGUAGUUAUUUGCAACUGUUUAUGCUGAUGCUCUCCUGAUUGUAUUGUGCUGUCACGUCAUUUGGUCACACUAAAUAAUGUUUCCACAUAA